AUGAGGAACUUAAAACUAUCAUGUGAAUUAGAAUUAAAUAAAUUAUCUGAUAUAAUUGAAGAAAGAGACAGAUUAAUUAACAUACUCCAUAUUAGUCCGUCAACCAAUGAUAACAUCAAAUUGAAAACUGUGCUGAAUAGAAUUUUAGACAUAUUUAAUUCAUUAGACCAUGUAGCAAAUGAAGAUGAUAUGAAUGAUUUUACAAAAUUUAUUAAAAUAUAUAAUAAUCUUCUAAACAGAAUACCGAAAGAAAUGGAUCUACAAAAUGGCAUAGAGAAUAAUAAUAGUAAUACGAUAGAUACUUCAUUAUAUGAGUUCAAUAAACAACUUAAAUUGGAGGAGGAGGAGGAGGAGGAGGAAGAAAAAACAAUAUCACCACUUAAGAGUUCAAUAAAUGACGGUCCUGUUAUAAAGAAAAAGGUCAGAUUGAAUGAUGAAAUCACUUAUAAAGAAUAUACUCCUUAUACAGAUAAUCCUGAUCACGAUGACGAUGACGAUGACGAUGCGGGAAAUAGGAAUAAACUGAUGGGAAAUGCUACUGAUACUACUUCAUCUAAUAAUACUAAGGAUGAUUUACAAUCAUAUAUGGUAUCUAAUGAAGAAAUAUUUGCAAGACAACAACAGCAAUUAAUGGAGCAAGAUUCUCAUUUAGAUACAUUAUCAGGAUCCGUACAAAGAACCCAUGGAAUUUCGUUGGAUAUUAAUAAUGAAUUGGUGAGUCAAAAUAAUGAGGUAUUGAAUGACUUAGAAAAUUUAAUUGAAAAUGGGGGCAGAAAUUUGGAUAGAGCUAAACGUCGUUUGGAAAUAUUCGAAAAGACAGCAAGAGAUAAUGGACCUUGUUCCAUUAUCGUAUUGUUAAUAUUGAUCUUAUUCUUCCUUUUGAUAGUCCUUUAA